CCUAAUUUGAAUAUCUGCUGGACUCUUGAAACAGACGUACGCAUAUUCUUUUUCUUCUGAGUUUUGUUAUAGCCAUGAUUGCAAUAGCUGUUCUUGUUUUAGCAACAUGUGUACGUACAAUCGAGUCACGGGUAAUCACGAAGAAGGCGUUAUCAGUAACUCAAACAAUAUCCCUGGAAGAUUUUGACAUCAUGAUUGUACCACACAAAAAAUCAUGGCCAGAUGCACAGGCGUACUGCGUGAUGCAAGGCGGAAAGUUGGCCCAGCCAUCAACAAAAGAGCGUAACGACAUCUAUGAGAAUGUAUUAAGAGGCGCUAAUGUCAAAGGAGAAUAUUGGAUAGGAUUGAACGACAGGAAAGAGGACUACAAGUUACGAUGGACAGAUGGUACUCUGUUGUUGGGGUUUGUGGACGACUGGUAUCAUGGAACGUUAUCCAAUAACAACGACAGAUUCAACUGUGGAGUUGUCAAGUCACUUGCCGGUCUUGGUGAUUACAAGUGGGCGUUUUCUAGCUGUGAAAAACAAAAGAAGUUCCUAUGCGAAAUUACAGGACCAAUUUUGUGCGGUACUCGCCCACUUGCACCAGAUCACUUGGUCGGUAAAUCAGACGCUGCUCUGGAAAGCUGGCCAUGGCAAGUGAAUAUAGAAAAGGAGGGCAACCAUUCGUGUAGCGGAGCCAUCGUCAAUGAACACUGGAUCCUGACAUCGGCACAGUGCGUAUUUGAUCCAGACGGCUACCAGCCUAGAGUAGAUUCCUUUAUCGUGAAGAUGGGUAUAUCUACUAUCUCCGGGACGCCAGCUGCCCAGGAGUCUCCAGUGAGCUACAUCGAGGUGCAUCCUUUGAACGAUCCUCCAAGCAGAGAAUGGGACUUCGCAUUGAUGUAUUUUGACUCGCCACUUACUUUUACUGAAUACAUUCGUCCUGUGUGUCUUCCGCCACCACCACCAGAAAGCGAGAGCUCUGAUGAGUGUGCCAUCACUGGAUGGGAACUUGUUUCCAAUAACGGUACGAAAUAUUACAACCAUCUUCAACAAGUUAUCCUACACAAAACAGACAAUUGCAGCAACACGGAAUCAUCAAUGUGCAUUGUCGAACACGAUGAUGGAAGUAAUAAGACGGUAUACGCUGGCGACAGUGGCAGUUCACUGGUAUGUCUAACGGGAGUGUAUCAAUGGUAUCUCACUGGAUUGCUGGAAUGGGAAGAAAGCUCGGCCAAUCACUUAAACUAUUCUCCAGUUGCUAUGAUAAUCGAUUGGGUAAACAACACAAUACACGAAGAACGAAUUGCUUGCGGCACAACACCUGCCAAUGACCGUAUAGUGGGGGGCAGCGACGCUACCCUGGGAAACUGGCCAUGGGAUGUGGUACUGUACGUCGAAGAUUCCCAUAACUGUAGCGGGAUAAUCAUUGAUGAGCACUGGGUGAUGUCUUCUGCCAAGUGCAUGUACAAUUAUGAGUCGGACCCCCCAGUUCUCGCUGAUGUUUCGCAGUUCGAGUUUUCUGCCCCUCUACAGCUACAUGUAUCCGGAGUCGAUUCUAUUCAUUUGCAUCCGGAAUACAUUUCGACCGAUCUUGCUUUGUUACAUACACCGUCGACUUUACCCUUCAACGAUUACGUUAGACCAGUGUGCAUGGCGACGACUGAAAACAAAGAUUUUUUCCCGGAAGGCAAGACGUGUUUUAUAACUGGCUGGGGGAAACUGGGUGACAAUCAAGAAUACGCGACGAAUCUACAAGAAGCGGAAAUGGUGAUCAUUAAUAAAGCUAUUUGUAGGUUUGUUUUUUCAAUGUUUAACCUCCUCAUCCCGGACAACAGAUUGUGUGUAUCGUAUCAAGGUAACGUCACCGGACCAUGUUUGUUAACAUUUCUGGACACUGGUAGCUCGUUGGUUUGCCAGAAAGAUGAUGGUCGGUGGUAUUUGGCAGGUAUUAUUUCCUUCUUCAUUGGCAAGUGUGGAAGUUUAAUUCCAGCUGUGUAUACAAGUGUAACAUCAGAAUUAUCAUGGAUUAUGGACACGAUUCGUAAUGAUAAGUAGCACGACUUGAUGACGUCAUAAUGGGAAUUCUUG